GUCGCAGUCGACCUUCGCUAUACUUAGAUGAUGUCGGGCGACGACCGACAUGACGUGUUCACGCGACUCCACGUGAGCCCGCGCAAGGCCGCCGCGCCGCUCCGGUCGUACUCGCUCACGGUGCUCCACCUCUCGCCGCCCAAGCCCGCAACUUCGUCGUCCAGCGCAGCGGUGCGCAUUGCCCUCGUCGGCGACCCGAACGACCCUCACACGCUGCUACGAGCUGUCUUUGAGCACUAUGCGAGCAGCCGGGCGAGCCCGCGCCGCAUGGAGCCGGCCACCAUGGAUGGCGUUGGAUUUGCGCGGUUUUGCCGCGCGUGUCCAGGGCUCGUCGGCCGCAACUUCGGGUCCGUCGACAUUGACUUGACGUUUGCCAAGGUCAAGCCGCGCGGCGACCGGCGCGUCUCGUACGCUCUCUUCGUCGAGGCGAUCGGCCUCGUCGCUCUCAAAAAGUACCCCGACAAGACGCUCGAGGCUGCGAUGCGCUCGCUCCUCGAUGCACACAUCGCAACGCUACCCAACUUGGACGCGCCGGCAGUGACGACAACCAAAGCGCCGGUCGUCUCGCGCGCGCUCUCGGACGCGGCGGCGCAAGCCGACAAGGUGCGCGCUUCACUGCAGCAGUUGCAGCGCCAAGUGCAGUUCCUCGACCUCGAGGCCCGGAAACCGGCGCCGCCCGACGAUCCGUAUGCCCUCACGGACCGCAUCAAGUUUGCCUACAUGCUCCACGACGAGCUGCAGGCGCUCCUCGACGCUGUCCCCAAGUCGGUCAGUACACGCGUGGGGCUGGUCAAGGCCGUCGACGCGGCGGCGACAGAGCUCGAGAGCGCGGUGCGCGUCGUCGCCAAAGCCCAAGUCGCAUGGCAAGCGAAAGGCCCGCCGUCGCCGCUCAUGCGCCGUCAGAGCGUGCCUCCUUCCGCGCUCGCCACGUACAUUUCGACGCGCGUCAAGGUCCUCGGAGACGAGAAGCGGACGAGUCCCGGGAAGGCAGCCAUUGCGCGCGUGCACCUCCACGUCGAUCACGUCGCUGAUGACGACGACGACGCGUGGAACCCAUUUGCGUCCAUCUUUCCCGGCCUCGAUGGCAAUGAAUAGCUU